AUGGACGAUUCCGUCCUACUCUUCGUGACUGCACCAUUAGCAGACCACAAACUCAUCAACCGCUUCCUCCUCCAUCUCGGCGAUCAGCAGAGAAACGGCAUAGACAAAGUGGCGCACCUCGUCACGGCAAGAAAUGCAUACGCUCUAGGAGAUCCCCCACCACAGCACAACCGCAUGCCCGAGCCUACUGAUGUGCCGGUGAAAGCUGACUUAUCCAACGCAUGGACCGGCGCCUCCAUCUCGGACGUCGAAGGCUGGGUCCGCGACGUCAACCACGAGGACCCGCCUUCGAUGUUCUUGCUCCUGGACGACGAGGGCGUGCAGAACAGGACUGUUGUCUUUGCUGAGCAGCGUUUUGACGACGAGACCGAUGAAUUGACCAAGGACUAUAACAAGUGUCGCGUCCCGUGGGCUGAUGUUUAUUCCAUGUGGUGUAAUCUUGACAUCGGGAAUAUGGGUUGGGAGGACUUUACGGACGAGGACAGGGGUGGUGAUGCGGAGGGGUGGUGGAUUUUUGGGGAGGAUAAUGCGGAUAUCUUGACGGACAAGGAGAAGGAGAAGCUCAGGGAGAAGAUCGCAAAGCUGGAGGAGCAGGGGCUUGCGUAG